UUUGCAGAAGAACACAUCAUGCCUGAUCCAGCAAAGACCGCGCCCAAGAAGGGCUCCAAGAAAGCCGUGACUAAGACCGCCGGCAAAGGCGGCAAGAAGAAGAGAAAGACCAGGAAGGAGAGCUACGCCAUCUACGUGUACAAGGUGCUCAAGCAGGUCCACCCAGACACCGGCAUCUCCUCCAAGGCCAUGAGCAUCAUGAACUCCUUUGUCAACGACAUCUUCGAGAGGAUCGGCGGAGAAGCCUCCCGCCUGGCGCUCUACAACAAGCGCUCCACCAUCACCUCCAGGGAGAUCCAGACCGCCGUGCGCCUCCUGCUGCCCGGAGAGCUGGCCAAGCACGCCGUGUCCGAGGGCACAAAGGCCGUCACCAAGUACACCAGCUCCAAAUGCCACAGACUCAUCUCUCUUGGGUGCAUUCAUUGAACUACUGACCCUUUAUCACCUUAUUUCACUGCUGAAGUCUUGUAUUUUUAUAUGUUUCCUGUGUUACAUAAAAUCAUUUGCCUCUUUGCCCAACACACAUAAUUAUUAAUGAUUAAAUUAAAUACAUACUUCAAGUCACACCUUCAAUACAACAGGUUUCAAAUAUAUUUACAUUUGUAUUUUGUACAGGAUGUAUUUGAAUUACUGAAUGAAAUAGAGUGGAUAUUUUCUGUGUCUGUGGUUCCUCCUGCUGUGUGAGAAGAGUCUAAGCGUAGCUACAGUGGUUCGUCAGAAAAAAAAAGACUUCACUCUCCAUACUGAUGUUCAUGAGUCAACAUUUAUUCUCCAACUUUCACAAUCUCAAUACCGUGAAAACUUAAAAGACAGAGAAGAUCUGCUCGGCUCGUAUGCAUUAGUGUACUUCCAAAUGAAUACAGAAUAAAAUAUUUAUAAUCA